AACAAAUUUUCAUCAAAUAAAAACAAAGAGAAUGUAGUAGUAGUCAUUGCUCCUUCUCAAAGAAGCCAAGACGCCCCACCUCCUCCUAUGUGCGUUUGCGUUCCCCCCAAGCCAUUUACCACCAUCAUCAUCAGCUCUUUGUCUUUCUCUCUCUCUUUCUAUAAAAUUUUCAGAGCUAAUAGCUGUCUUCUCCAUUAAAGCUUUCACGGCUACAUUUUCCCACCAGAAAGUGAAAUAAUCACUUCCUUCACGGCAAUGUGGUUUCUCGGGGUGAUUCGUUUCUUGAUUCUUCUUCUUCUUCAUCGGUCUUGGUUGUGUUCUGCUAUUUUGGAUCCUGUUGAUUUUUUAGCAUUACAAUCGAUUAGAAAAUCGCUGGAGGAUAUGCCAGGGUCUAAUUACUUUUCUUCAUGGGAUUUCACUUCUGAUCCCUGUAAUUUCGCCGGCGUUUACUGCGAAGGGGAAAAAGUUGUCGCGCUAAACCUCGGCGAUCCACGCGCCGGUGCUCCUGGUUUAUCCGGUCGACUUAAUCCUGCUAUCGGAAAGCUGACUGCUCUCGCUGAGUUUACGGUUGUUCCUGGUCGGAUCAUGGGUGCAUUGCCGUCGACUUUGUCGCAACUGAAGAAUCUACGGUUUUUAGCAGUUAGUCGGAAUUUUAUCUCCCAUGAAAUUCCGGCGACAUUAGGUGAGCUUCGGUGGUUGAGGACGCUUGAUUUGAGUUACAAUCAGCUCACCGGUGGUGUUCCUUGGGCCAUUGGAAAUUUACCAUCAUUAACUAAUCUUAUCCUCUGUCACAAUCAUCUAUCCGGUUCUAUUCCUCAUUUUGCUUCUCAAACUCUAUCCCGGCUGGACCUCAAACACAACGAAUUAUCCGGUUCGAUUGCACCUGGUUCACUCCCUCCUUCGUUACAAUACCUUUCCCUAUCUUGGAACCGGUUUUCUGGUACGGUAGACCGUGUGAUAUCUCGACUGAACCGGUUAAACUACCUAGACCUAAGCCUGAACCAAUUCAACGGUCUAAUCCCGGGUUGCAUAUUCAGUUUCCCAAUCACCAACCUCCAACUCGAGCGAAACCAGUUUUCUGGACCGGUCCAGCCGGGAAGCUCGGUUUCAAUACAGACCGUUGAUCUUAGCCACAAUAUGCUGUAUGGAAAAGUGUCUCCACUUUUCGCAACCGUACAGAAUCUUUACCUGAACAACAACCGGUUCACCGGUUCAGUUCCGACGAUUUUUGUGGACCGGUUGAUGGCCGGCAGCAUACAGUUGUUAUACCUACAGCAUAAUUUUUUGACCGGAAUGCCGAUUAAUCCGAGGGCUUCGAUUCCUAUGAGCAGUUCGUUGUGUUUGCAGUACAAUUGCAUGAUCCCACCGGUUCAGACCCCAUGCCCGAUUAAUGCUGGUACCCAGAAGACCCGCCCCACUUCGCAGUGCAUGGAAUGGAAAGGCUAAAAUAGAGAAUUUAAUUUAUAUUUAUAUUAUAUUAUAUACUCCUUUAAUUUUGCUACUUAUUAAUAUUACUAGAAAAGGUAAUCAUAUAUAUAUAUUACUUAUAUAUACUUUUGGAAGGGAGGGAGGGUGUUUUUAGAUUCAUUUGAUUAAAUUUUGAUGUCAAAAAUUGGGGGAGAAAUAUGAGAGAUUAUCAUCAUAAUCAUAAUAUAUUUCUUGUGAAUAAUAUAAGUUUUGUCGGA